AUGGAUCAAAUCAGUCCCGAAACCUAUGGUUCCCUAAACUAUGCGCCCAAACAGUUCGCACUCCAGACCUUCAAUAGACUAAACAAACAGAAUAAACUAUACGACAUAAUCGUAGACAUCGGUGCGGGUGAUGGAGGGGUCACCAAACAGUUGGCCGCUAAUGUCAGGCACAACCGCAUUGUGGCCAUCGAUUUGGACCCCGAGAUGACAGCCUAUGCUCAACAAGUGAACAGCGGAGACACCAUUGAGUACCGGACACAAGACAUGAGUGUCUCGUGGGAUGAGCUCAACCCAGACUUCCGACUACUGGAGUCUAAAGUGUCGCUCAUAUUCACAAACUUUGUCUUACAUUACAUCCAAAAUAAGACAAAACUAUUGCAUAUAUUCUCGCGAUUGCUGUCCACUGAGGGCUCAAUUCACGCCAAUAUUAUAAUACUUCCGGAUCUUAACAAAAAGCUAUCGCCAGAUGAUCGCAAAGAUUAUUAUCUCUCAGUUGAUCAACAGAUACAACAAUGGAAAGAGGCUUUGGAUGCAAAUGGAUUGACUGCUCAGGAGUUUGAGAUCGUGGACGAUGUCUGGCAUCAGAGCCGUCAAGAGAUCAUAGAUUUUCUACAAGUAUUGAUCCACGACUUCAGACCAUUCUUCACGAGUGGUGACCAGUUUGAGGCCCAAAGCAAACACAUGUCUGACAUUGUAUUUGAUGCCUACGUUAACCCGGGUAGGGAUGAGCCUAACCCUAACGCCUGGAAGGAAUUCCUGGCCAACGAUGCCAUCACUCAAGUGGUCUUACAUUUCAAAAUAUUGAGACUUAUUGCC